GAAGAGGAAUUUGAGGAUGUUUGGGAUUGGGUACCAGUGUAAAAUGCAUUAUAUUGUGGUAAGCUGUCAUUUGUUCCUUUACCGGAAGGGUCUGUAGUUAUCCAUGGCGGAGGAAUUGUUCUGUUCUGAUUCCGACCGAGUUUGUGACACAGGAAGUAUUGAGCGUAUCAAGGCACCCAAGCCGAAAGAGGACACUUCGAAUGGCGUUCACAAAGUUCAUUGUUCCCUAAUCUGGAGUGCUUGUGUUGAAAGUGUAAAUUUUAAGCGAAAUCGAUGUGCUCCGUUAGGUGAGAAGUUACUCACCCCAUCAAGUGCGUAGUGCGUGUUCGAGAUGCAGGUAGUGAACGUAAAGUGUUUGUGAGUGCCCGGCUGUCAUGUUGGCGUUGGUCGGAACAUUUUUUUUCUCAUCUCUUGUCAAGAAUUAUGAUAGUUACCGUCAGGUCGUGGACGGACGCUAACCUGACUCCAUCUUUUGAUUCGCAUCUCAGUUAUAAAUGUUUUAAGCUACCACAUCCCGGGUGGUAUAGCGUUAGUGUUGGUGCGUCUCUCUUGAGCUACGUUACGAAAUAUUGAACAAAAUGAGUUUUUUUGAGAAAAGGACGUUUGAGAGUUCGGAGUCACUUUCUGUAACGAACAUUGCAAAAAUGUUAUUUUUUCAAGAGGACUCAGUAGAAAAGAAAAGAUGGCAGCCAUUCUGAGUGAUCAGUUGGUCAAUUGGAAUCUCAUUCCAAUUCUGUUAAUGAUGAUAAGUGAGGCAUAAAGUGAUUUAUAGUAAUAGAAUGGAUUCAUAUGAUUUGUUUGGAGAGGAUGUCGGCGGCGGAAUGUUAGAUGGAUUAGCUGACCUGGGUGCAGAUAAUUUUGAUCCAGCUCCAUCAUCUGUUACAAAUGCAGCACGCGAUGCUCCAGGUUCUGGCCAAGGCUAUGUUCAACCACCUUACGGCCACCAGAUUUCGGGUAUGCAGCAAGAGUCACCGCUUCAGAAACUGGCUUCAUUUGGAGGAGAAUUUACACCCGCAAAUCAUCUGGAUCCAUCAUCUCAGAACUUGUUCCACCAGAAUCAGACUGGUUAUGAUGGAACGGCGAGACCAAUGUGUCCUCCUGGUGCUGUUACCGGGUAUCAGGGACACGUAAGAAACAUGGGACCACAGCACGAUAUUCGGAGGCCUCCUCAUCCCCAGCCACCAACUGCAAAUCAGUAUGGACCAUACUGUACAUCUGAUGCAUUGUAUGGAAUAGAACAGCAGCCUGGUAUCAGUGGUCCAGGUAUGACUGUUAGUGACAGUGGUAUGCAGGGUUGGAGCAAUGUGCCAGGUGGUUACCCUGCAGGUAUGAGGCAUUACAAUCAGAUUAAUCAGGGUGGUUAUCGGCAUGUGAACUACCCACAUCAGCAGGACAGCCUGGCAUCUCAACAGAAAAUCACACCUCAACAGCCUUAUUCUUCAAAUCAGCAAAAUUUGAUUAAUUCUAUGAUGCAACCUCAUCAGAACAUUCAGACACCUAGUGGCUAUCCAAUGACUCAACAGAGAAUGCAGUCAAGUGUUAACAUAGGGCAACAGCAACAGUGUUACUCACAGGGUUCUCAAAAUCUUGUUUAUGCAGGUUCGUCAUCUACAGCUUCGAUAAAUCAGUCCUACACCAACUAUAAUCCCUUACAACACCAACAGUCCAGUAGAAUGCCACAUCAUGUACAGUAUACUGCAAAUCAGCAACAGAUGCAACAGUUAGAACUGAAUAAUUCUCAAGCUUCUCAGGCUUCAUCAUAUAACCAUUUACAACCACAUAAUCAGGCAUUACCUGGCGGUCCCUCACAGAUGGGCCAUCCUGGUGUACCGGGUUACGGACAGCCAACAAAUCCUCUUGGACACCAAAUGCCACGGCCUAUUGGUAUCGAAGUCAGUUCAGGAUCGUCAGCAUCUCAGUAUGGUGUUGCUAACCAGAAACAGCACACUCAGCUCGGUGGUGCGAGUCCGCAGUACAGGGCGCCAUAUCCACAGCUGUCUCCGCAAAUGUCGCCUAGGCCCCAGAUGUCCCCGAGACCCUCUCAGCAACAACAGAUGUCACCUCGUCCUGUAAUGUCACCAGCAAAAACGAGUACGCUAUCUCCUCAUCCCCAUCAACAGCAGCCAACUCUUUCACCACGACCUGCUACAGCACUUACACCGAAAUCAUCAAACUCUUCUCCUGCUCCCAUUAAUGUUCCUUCGUUUUCACAGCAAAGUACGUUACAGCAAUUGGAACAGAUGGUUAUGCCUCCAGUUAGUGGUGGCUCAACAGACUACCCUACUUACCAAUCAAGGUUACCCCACCCAACUACACAGCAUCCCACCACACAACAAGCAAAUCCAUUGUCUCCAGCUGUGGGCCCACGCAUGCCUGUCUCACCUCAGCAGUGGCCACACCAACCAUUAAGACCAUCCACAAAUAUUGGUAGUGGAAUUGGAAUGCUAGACCAACAGUCCAAUCAGAGCAUGUCAUCAUAUGUUCCACAUACUACUGCUGAAUCUAGAACAGUGGAGCUUCCAAAAACUGUAAGUGGUGUUGCAUCAGAAGUUAAUGUUCCAAGUAUUUCAAGUGGAUCUAUACCAGCAAAUGAGACUGGCAAUUUGACAUCUGUCUCUCAUACUGACUUCACUACUUCAUCUCAGAUACUAAGUGAAAAAUACCCAGAGGGUGAAACUGCACAAAAUGGAGGAGAAAAUCUCAGUUCCCACAUUCCCUCAUCUGUUCCAGUCAGUGCCACAGUCAGUCACAAGUCUUCAGAACUGGAUCCCGUUAAGGCUGUGCAACAAGAAAAUGAAUUGCAGAAUUUGCCAAAUAUAGAUGUAAAGGAUGCAACAGAUGGACCUUCACUGUUAACUUCAACUUCCAGUUCAGUGUUAGCACCUCCACCGCAAGCUCAACAAGAACCUGUUACACAGCAGGCACCUGUUCCAAAUUUCGAUUUUAAUCAGGCAGCUCCCAACAUACAAUAUGCAGGCACUAGUGCAAUGAGUGACAUGAUUCACUCUGGUGGGUCAUCUCAUUACACUUCAGGUAUUGAAGGAGCAUCAGCAGGAAUACCAGAUCCUGUAACAUCUGGAGUAUUGAUGGGGCAACCACCAGGCCUGUUUGAUCCCGGCAUGGGGCAUGGAAGUUUGAUGACACAUGCACCACCCAUGCCACCUUCAGCAGCACAACCACCACAAGUGCCACCACCUCCAUCACAUCUUAUGUCUUUAGGACAUACUGAUUUAAGUGCAAUAUACCAGUCUCCAGUGAGCCAUCAGCAGGAAAUAGCAGCAUUACAACAGCAGCUUCAAGAACUGUAUUGUAUGCCACCAGCACCACAGAUUCAAGAGAAGAUUGGUGUUCUUCAAGAAAGGCUUGAAGUUAUCCGAAGGCAUGAGGCAUCUGGACCUUGUCCUGGAGGUCCACAUUGUGUGUUGCAAGAUCACAUGUUUGGUUCAAACUUGCUAGAUAGCUCACAGGUAUCAAGUACAACAGGGAAAGCUCGAAACAAAGGUGCCCCCAGACCAAAAAAACCAAAGAAAAAACCAGAAGAUGCAGCGGCUCUGGCACCACCUGCUGAGUGUAAUGAGGCAGGAGAUUUCAGUGAACUCCACGGCAUUGGUGACAACUUUCAAAACACUUCUUUCGAUGAAAAACAGAAGAAGCCAAAGCCACCUAGGAAACCAAGAGAACCAAAAAAACCAAAAGAACCAAAGACUCCAAAGGAACCAAAACCACCCAAAGAACCUAAAGCUGCCAAAGAGCCGAAACCUCCAAAAACUCCCAAGGAACCGAAGAAAAAGAAGGAACCUAAAGCACCUGGGGAAACCAAGUCUCCAAAACCAAGAAAGAAAGUAGCCAAGAAGAAGGAUGGAAUAGUGGAAGAAACACCAUCUAGUUCAAUCGAGAGUGGUGUUGAAGAAGUCCUGUCAGAUCUUCUUGCAGCAGUAGAAUCUGAAAUUGCUUCAGUGGAAAGACAAGACAGUGAAAGUGAAAUGCUGACCCCAGAUGAUCCUGCAAGCCCUUCGAAAAGUUUGUCAGAAUCAUCAACGAAGACAACGCCAACGACUAGAAAGCCUAAAAGGGAUAGAAAGGCGAAAGUGAAACCAGUUUUUCCUGCAAAACGGAAUGCAAAGGGGAUGUUCACAAAGAAGAAUAAAAAGAAAUUAGUUGGCGGUGAUGAAUCUGAUGCAGAAGACAUGUUGGCGACUCCUCCGCCAUCACCUGACGAUGAUUCAGAAAGUUCAAAAAAUAAACGCAGAUCUGCUCGAAAUACUCAAAGGAAAAAGUAUGUUGAUGAUAUUAUGCUUAGUAUAUCGGAUGAGGACUCUCCAAAGUCAUCAGCUCCAAGAACUGAUCUGCCGAAGACUUCUGCAGAUGAUUCUGCUGAUCCAGCUGUGAAGCCAAAUUUUGUUUACAUUAAUACAACUGAUGAAGAUUCAAUGGUUGUGCAAUAUAUUUUGGCUGUUAGGAAAGGCAGAAGAGAGAUUAAACCACCAGCAGAUGCUCAGAAUAAUAAGGAGGUUAAGUCGGAAUCCUCUAUAAAGACAGAGGUCUCCGCAGAAAAUGGAAACGCGCCUGCUGUAAUCAGUGAACAGGAGCCUGUAAAUAACUCUACACCUGUAGUAGACAUUCCGGCUGUGGAUGAAAUAUGUGCAACUGGGGAAAGUCGGAACAAUGAAGUGUGUCAGCAGUCAGACAUAGAUGUUGAAAAGAAGUCUCACGCCCCACUAAGUAUUUAUAACUUCAGUGAAGAAACUGAGGAACCAGUUCUUUUGAGAUCAAAUGUUACUGCAGCAAGCAGUAGUGGUAGUGCAGAAUAUAUUGACAGGAUUAGAAAGUUUGAGACUACUCCAGUUGAUGAAGAAACAGAAAGCACCACAAAACCAGAAGAAAGUGAAAGCCAGCUAAAAGUUGAAGACAGUGGGAGCUCUCUGGAAGUGGCUAGGUUGAAUGAAAGAAAUCAGCAGUACCUAUCGAAUCCACUUGAUGGAGAUACAGUUGCAAAAGAUAGAACUGAAAACAAAAACAAAGUAGACUGUAAAUCUGAUGUCAAAUAUGUUGAAGUAGAGGAAUAUUUUGUCAAGUAUCGCAAUUUUUCUUAUUUACAUUGUGAAUGGAAAACUGAAGAAGAACUGUUCAAAGGGGAUAAGAGAAUUGCAGCCAAACUUAAGAGGUUUAAACAGAAGAUGGCUCAUCAUGCAAACAUUUUUGAGAAUUUUGAAGAUGAACCCUUCAACCCUGAUUAUGUAGAAGUAGAUCGGGUCUUGGAUGUUGCUGAACAUACAGAUCCUAAUACUGGGAAAACGAUCAAACAUUACCUGGUUAAGUGGCGGUCAAUGCAGUAUGAAGAUAGCACAUGGGAGUUGGAAGAAGACGUAGAUCCAAUGAAGAUUGAGCAAUUUGAGCAGAUCAACAAGAAGCCCCCAAAGGAUAAAUGGAAGCCAAAGAAGAAACCAUCCCCAGAAUCAUGGGUGAAAUUAGAAGAAUCUCCAGAAUAUAAAAAUGGUAAUAGGUUAAGAGCAUAUCAGCUUGAAGGAUUAAACUGGUUGCUUUUUUCGUGGUACAAUGGCCGCAACUGUAUACUGGCAGAUGAGAUGGGUCUCGGAAAAACUAUACAGUCGUUAGCAUUUAUUCAUGCAGUUCACGAAUAUGGAAUUAGAGGCCCCUUCCUGGUCAUUGCACCUCUUUCUACCAUACCAAACUGGCAACGUGAGUUUGAAGCGUGGACUGACAUGAAUGUAAUAGUAUAUCAUGGCUCGACUGCUAGCAGAAAUAUGGUUCAGGAAUAUGAAAUGUAUUAUAGAAAUGAGAAAGGCAAUCCUAUCAAGGAAAUACAGAAAUUUAAUGUGUUGAUUACAACUUUUGAAAUUGUGAUAACAGAUUGUAUGGAACUUAAGGAAUUCAACUGGAGAUUGUGUGUCAUUGAUGAAGCUCAUCGACUGAAGAAUAGAAAUUGUAAAUUGCUAGAAGGAUUAAGAUUGCUUAAUUUGGAACAUAGAGUUCUUCUGUCUGGUACACCUCUUCAGAACAAUGUAAAUGAGCUUUUCUCACUGCUCAACUUUCUUGAACCUACCCAAUUUUCAAGCAGCGAAGCAUUCCUGCAGGAGUUUGGUGCUUUGAAGACUGAAACUGAAGUCCAGAAACUUCAGGUUAUUUUGAAGCCUAUGAUGCUUAGAAGAUUGAAAGAAGAUGUGGAAAAAUCAAUUGCACCGAAGGAGGAAACUGUUGUUGAGGUUGAACUGACAAAUAUUCAGAAGAAGUACUAUCGUGGUAUACUAGAGAGAAAUUUUUCUUUCCUUUCAAAAGGAACAACAUCAGCCAAUGUUCCCAACCUUAUGAAUACUAUGAUGGAGCUACGAAAAUGCUGCAUUCAUCCAUAUUUACUUAAUGGAGCUGAAGAGCAGAUUCAGUUCGAUUAUCGUCAGUCGAAGCAGCUGAAUACAGAUGAUCCUGAUGGCUACUUUCAAGCACUGAUUAAUUCAUCAGGAAAAAUGGUUUUAAUUGACAAGCUGUUGCCCAAACUGAAAGCAAAUGGCCACAGGGUUCUGAUAUUUAGCCAAAUGGUUAGGUGCUUGGAUAUUCUUGAAGAUUAUUUAGUUUACAGAAAAUAUCCAUUUGAGAGGAUUGAUGGACGUAUUCGAGGGAAUCUCAGGCAAGCUGCCAUUGACAGAUUCAGCAAACCAGACUCUGAUCGUUUCGUAUUCCUACUGUGCACAAAAGCUGGUGGGCUUGGAAUUAAUCUGACUGCAGCAGACACUGUAAUUAUUUAUGAUAGUGACUGGAAUCCUCAGAAUGAUUUACAGGCACAAGCAAGAUGUCACCGAAUUGGCCAACAAAAAAUGGUUAAAGUUUAUCGUCUGCUUUGUCGGAACACAUAUGAACGGGAGAUGUUUGACAAAGCUUCAUUGAAGUUGGGCCUUGAUAAAGCAGUUCUUCAGAGUAUGAAUACAGCUCAAGGAGGUAAAGACCAAACAAACAAACAGCUGUCAAAAAAAGAAAUUGAAGAUCUUUUGAAAAAAGGUGCUUAUGGUGCCAUUAUGGAUGAAGAUAGCGCAGGAGACAAGUUUUGUGAAGAAGAUAUAGAUCAGAUUUUAGAACGCAGAACACAAAUCAUUACAUUAGAAUCUGAGAAAGGAUCAACCUUCUCAAAAGCUAGUUUUGCCUCAUCUGGAAUACGGUCCGAUAUUGACAUAGAUGAUCCUGAUUUCUGGAAAAAAUGGGCAAAGAAAGCAGAAAUUGACACCUCGGAGAAAGAAGAAAAGGAUCAACUUGUCAUAUCUGAACCCAGACGCCGCACACAAAUCAAGCGAUAUGGCCAUGAUGAGUCAGUUGUCGACAUGUCUGAACUGGACAGUUCAUCAGAAAGUGAUGAAGAUCCUGCCAUUGGUGUUGGCAGAGGAAGAGGUCGAAGACACAGGAAACAUGGUAAGAAACACAAGAUAAAGUUCCCGUGUGAUGAUUACAUCCCAAGGGAUGGUGAAAUUGUGUAUGGGAGCUGGGCAAGAAGUGAAUGUUUUAAAAUAGAAAGGGGUCUUCUGACAUUUGGGUGGAGCCGUUGGACAGAAAUACUCACACACAGCCAUUUCCGUCGUGGAUGGCGAGAAUCUGAUGUAGAAGAUUGCGCUCGUGUCAUUUUACUUUAUUGCUUGAGAUACUACAGAGGUGAUGAUAAAAUCAGGAGUUUUAUUUGGGAUCUGAUUACACCAUCGGAAAAUGGAGAAACAAGAGUGCAGAAGAAUCACAUGGGACUUAAUACACCAAUACCUCGUGGAAGGAAAAAUAAAAAAUUUUUCAAGAAGGAUGGGAGAUCUUCAAAUCAAAAUGAAAUUGGAGAAAUGAAUGAUUGGAGUCGCCAUGAGAAAUACGAUGGCGACAUUCUUUUGGAAAGCAAUUAUAAAAAGCACCUAAGUCGACAUGCAAACAAGAUACUGUUACGUGUUCGAAUGCUUUAUUAUAUAAAGCAUGAGAUUAUAGGUGAUCUGGUGCAACAUAUUAAUGAUGGUGUCCAUGUUAGUGCCUUGCCGAUAUACCCACCCUAUUGUGAUCAGCCCCCUGUCCCUUGGUGGGACUCAGAUGCAGAUAGGUCCCUUCUGGUGGGUACCUACAAACACGGUUAUGAAUGCUACCCUGCUAUGAGAAACGACCCGGCACUUGGUUUCCUCGCACGCUGUGGCCCUGAUGUUGGCUCUGCUAUGCUGAUGCUUGGCAAUGCUGAUAAUAACACAAGAGUUGUUGAUGAUGACUCUGGAAGACUGACAGAUGAAGACGAAACUGCAGAGGGAGAAUCUUCAGUCUUAAGAGAUAAUCUUGGUGAGACUAUGCUCGCAGAUGGGUGCCAUGAAGUCAAUUCUGUACCAACUCCUGAUCAGACAGAGUCUGCAUCAUCAUCCCUAGAACAUACCAGUCAUGUAAUGAAGGAUGAAAGCAAAGUUGCACCAGAUGAUGAUCCAAGUAAACUUCAGUGGCCAUCAAUGGUGGACCUCAACAAUAGGCUCCGUCGUGUAAUUACGUCAUAUCAGCGCAACUUCAAGAAGGAAGAAAUGAAGAUGGCUCAAAAAGCGAAGCAGGGGGUAGAAGCAGAGCAGCAUGCAGUUAUCAGAGAUGUACUGAACACACAAGGAUGGGAUUUGCAACAACUAGCCAUGUAUCUAUGGAAAAUGGAGAGGCGGGAGAAAAUUGAACAAAUUGUUCGUGAAAGAGAGAGACAAAAACUUGAAAUACAUCAGAGAAGGUGGUCACGCCGUGAGGAGGCUGAUUUCUACCGUACGGUUUCAACUUUUGGGGUUGAAUUUGACAGGAAACGGGGUAAAUACGACUGGUCAAAAUUCAAAUCAUUGUCAAGAUUGGAAAAGAAAUUUGAUGAUACAAUCACAGAGUAUUACAAAGCUUUUGUAGCGAUGUGCAAGAGAGUUUGUGGAAUGAAACUCUCAGAAGAAGAAGAAUUUGCUGAUAUCCCUGUAGAGCCUUUGAGUGAAGACAAAGCUCGCAGGAUGUUAGAACGAAUUGAAUUGCUAAGUAAAAUAAGAGAAGAAAUAAUUGUUCACCCGCAGUUAGAUGAAAGAUUAAAAUUGUGCCAAGUGUCUGCAGAUAUACCUGAUUGGUGGGUGCCUGGUAAACAUGAUAAGGAUUUACUAAUUGGUGCAGCCAAGCAUGGUUUAGGCAGAACAGAGUUCUUUAUUUUAAACGACCCUGAAUUAAGUUUCUUUGAUGUACUAAGGAAACAUCUAGCCAUAGAUCAGCCACUUCCAGAGGCAAAAGAACAUAAACAGCUAGAUGAAAUUAAGUAUGAGCGGCCUGAAGAUAUUCUUAGAACAGACAAGAAUGAGAUUAUUGUGAAAUUAGAAAAAGGAGAAGGCACAUUAAAGAUAGAAAAAAUAGGAAUUAAGAAAGAAAUGAAAAAUGAGGAAGAAAAAAAUCAGUUCAGGGAAAAAGAAAAUGUAUCUCAGGGCCAAAAUAUUGUAGAAUUAACAUUACUUGCGAAUAAAAUUAAAGCAGAGAAUGAGGAAUGUACACAGAGUUUUGAUAAAUCUGAUAAUGAACAGGGUUCCAGUAACACCCAAAAAAGUGAAUCAGCAAAUAGAGAAGAGAAAGAGAAAUUGACGUCCAUGGAUAACAACAAAACAUCCGAGGAGGACACAACAGAGCCAGUGAACUGUUCAAUUACAGAAGUGAAUAAAGCUGAAGUGGUUUGUUCAGACAAGGUGCAGGAUCUUCAACAGGAGGAAACACAUCAUCAGCUGGGUCACACUUUACAGUGCCCUGCUGCAGAGAAUGAAAUAUUAGAUACACAACAAACAACAGAAUCAGAAGAACCUAAAGACAUGGAAAAAGUUACAUCAAAUGAAGAUCAUGCUGAAGACAAUGAUCAGAAUAAUGAACAAGAAAUUGACAUGGAAGUUUCAGAUUCUGUUACAGAACCUGAUCUUCUGAAGCCUGAGGAUAGAAACUGUCUUGAUAACAAUGAUGGAGAAAUGCAAUCUGCAUCAGCUGUUGAGAAUGAAGAGACUGACAGUAGAACAAAAGAUGAAAUAAUUGCUCAGGAAAAAGAUAAUGAGAUGAAAACUGAGUUCGAACUGAAGGAAGUAAAGCAGGAAGGAACUGACCAAGAACAAAUCGUCUCGAAUGAAAUUGAGAGACCUAUAUCAGACCUGAAUGUCAAGUAUGAAACUGAACUGAAAAGGACAUGCAGCAGUUUAAAGCGGGCUGAAUCUAAUGAUCAGGAAGAUACUCAAGGAAAGGCAAGCAGCAGUGCUCAAACUCCAGAUUUGAAAAACGUCUUCCCAGACCUGGAAGUUAUCCACCCAUUAGCACGACUAGCUGAGAUUGAUACAUUUGUCUUAGGAGCAAAACAGAAUAGCAAUGCUGGCUCGUUGGAUUUCUCUGAACCAACAGUUGCGCAAUUACUGGCACAGAGCUACCAGAAUCCAGUGAAAUGGCCUAAGGAUCACGUACUUCAGACAAGACUACAACAUAUUAUUCAUGCUGUCGAACAUAAAGAAUGGCCAGUACCACGGAAUUUCUCAUCAAGCAGUAUUCAGAAUAAUGUUUCUAGUACAGGAGAACUGGAUCUAAGCUGUCAUGAAACACCUGAUGUUACACCUAAACGAGAAACAUCAACGCCAAUGUCAUUGUCAGAAGGCUCAGAAGUUAUUACCAUAACUACAGAUCAUGGUGCUUCUAGGGUCUCUUCGUCAAAGAAGAGAAAGAGACACAUAGCAAUUGAUGUUGAGACAGAAAGAGCCAAACUACAUGCAUUAUUGAAUAAUAGUGGGCCACCUCAGCAGCCUCCUCUGUCAAAACCGUCCUUGCCUUGGGAGGUCAAUGAUGAAUCCCUGUCUGAAGAGUCCAGGAGGUCAACACCAGUGGCGCCAGUUACAUUGCAGCCUCCUCCAGCACAUCAGCAGACUACUAGAGUACUAUCAAUUCCAUUUGAUCUGAAGUGCCAUCCCAGUUCCAAAAACACAGGAACCACAGUGAUACCAGGCACUUCAAGUACGCUAACACCAAUAGAUUUGUCGUCGGGUGUUACAAAACAGGUCCCAGCUGACAAUACAUCCAAUAAUGAAAUACUUAAUGAAGUGCAGGAUUUCUCAAUGCCUUCAAAGAAUAAACAGAAGAGCAAGUUGGAUGAUAUGUUAGGCAAAUUAAUGAAGAAAAAUAACUGUCCUGCUGAGGAGCCAAUUGUUGGAAAGGAGAAAAAACGGCGUAAGCUAGAUGAAAUUGUACUGGGUUUAUCUGCUGCAAAGGAACAGAAGUCACUGUUCUCAGACAUUAAGAAAACAAAUCAAUGCAUGACAUCAAUUAGUCCUAGUGUCACAGUUACCCCAGCAUCAAUAAAUUCAUCAGUUUCUGCAACAUCUGGAUCAGCAUCUACAAAGCCAUUCACGAUUACUGUAACAUCUGUGCCUUCGCCUGCACCGUCAAGUUCUUGUCGCAGUUCGCUAAGUGCUCUCCCCCCAUUGCCUACACCAAAGGAAAGUUUUUCGUCAUUUCUUGCUCAUGCAGAGCAGCAGAAUCUCUUACUGAAGAAACAGCAGUCAUCACAGUCCCAGUCUCUACUGCAACACCAGCAGCAGCAGAUUCAGCAGCAGCAGCAACAACAACAACAACAACAACAACAACAACAACAGCAGCAGCAGCAGCAGCAGCAGCAACAACAACAACAACAACAACACCAGCAGCAGCAUCAACAGCAACAGCAACAACAGCAUCAGCAACAACAACAUCAGCAGCAGCCAUCACAGUUACCAACACAACCACCAGCAUCAAUGUCACAUGUCAAUCAGCAAAGAAAAACAUAUGAAUCAAUGAUAGCUGAUCUUAGCAAAAUGGCUGACUUUUCUUCAAAGAUCAGUUCAUAUUCUCAUGAAGCAAAGGUUAAUAAGUGGCUGGCUGAACAGACAUCACUUAUUCCAGAACAGCCACUUGCUUCAGAUUAUCUGACUGCUCCAAGGCGCAGAAGACCAAGGGUUGAUCCAUCUCUUCUGGAUUGGAAAAAACUCACUGGAGAGGAAAAUGUCUCAGUAAUAAAUAGGCUGACAGGCAAAAAGAUGACUGGGAAUAAAGCACCACAGCUGAAACGAUUAGCACAGUGGUUACUGGAGAAUCCAAUGUUUGAUGUUGAUCCAAAAUGGGCAGAACUGGUCAAAGAGAGGGGUAAUCUCCCACAUGACUUGCAGAAACGUGUACCAGCAAAUGAGAGGAAGAAAGGCCCUGGACGACCACCUCUGCUCUCCAGUCCACCAGGGCAUCAACCAACUGUCAGCCAGCCCAAUCUAGGAACAUCAGUGGCAUCAUCAAUCCCAUUCCCUUCAUUGGCAACUGCAGGGCUAAGUGGACUUUCAGCAGCUGGCUUAAAUCCCAGCAGUAUACUGUCAGGGUUAUCUUUGGGUGGUUUUGACCCAAAAAAUAAUCCAUUGCUUCUCCCCUUCAGUGGAAUGCCAAACAUGAGUGCUUUAGGGAGUAUGAGUGGACUUGGAAAUCUUAAUAACAUGAACUUGACAAAUUCCUUAUUUGCAAAUUUAGCAAACUUGGGAUUGCCGUCAUUAGCAGGGAUGGAUGGAAGUGACCUUGGCGUUGUUGCGUCGGGAUCAGCCACCAAAACAAAGAAUCGAAAACCAGUUGACACUGAGCGCAGCCAUAGUUCCACAAAACCACCACCUGUGUCAUCUGCUUCAUCAAGUAUUCCAUCUUCUGCAUUACCUUUCUUUUUCCCAAAUCCAAGUCUCCUGUACACUCCUCUUGGACUUGGUGGGCUAAAUCCAUUUUCAAUGCAACCAGGUUCCAUGUCUUCGGCAUAUGACAGUCUAGCUCAGCAGUGUGGUUUGUUGAAUGGGAGUCUCGGUGUGUCAGGAGUAUCAACAUCAACAUCUGCAUCAUCGUCGACAAGGACUGGGAGUCAUAAGACUCAGAGCACAUCACGUGCAACUACUGUCACAUCGUCUUCUCCAUCAUCAAAUACCAGCAGUCACAGGCAUCAACGUUCAUCUACACGGGACAUUCUUGACCGCGCACAACAGCAGCAGUUACAACAGCUUCUGUUGCCGCAUGAUACUCAUCUGCUGGAGAGCCUCAGUAGAGUACAUUCUGUAGAAAAUGCUUUUAGGAAUGAGAAACGAUCAAGAGAGUCUGAUCGGAAAGAGACCAUUGAUGUGCUACGUGGUGAGAAAAGAUCUAGGGAUGCUGAACGCAAAGAUGUUGCAGAGAAUUUGAGUAAAAAUCCACAGGUAGAUUAUCCUUUUAGGGCAGAAGACAGGCCUUUGAAAAAACUGAAGGCAGAAUUAGAAAGAAAAGAUUCAGCAGAAAAUCUAACUCCCAAUUUUGUAUCGAAUCUAUUACCUCAUAAUGAGGAAUGGCUGAAGCGUUCUUGUGAUGUGGAAAUGAAAGAUACACUUGAAAACCUUUACAGAAGCUCACUUGAGGGAAUAGAGAGAGAUGACAAAUUGAAUAAGAAAUCCUGUGAUAAUACCACGGACAAAGACGUUGUAGAGAGUUUUUCAAGUGUUAAUAAUGUGUGCCAAAGUGAAGAAAGGUCUAAGAUUUCAAAUGAGACUGACUCUAGAGAGGUGGAAAAUGUACAUGACCCACCAUUUAAAAACACUUUUGAUACGGCCGCACAAGAUGUUAGUGACAGUGCAGAAACAGAGACUCUACCCGUUAUUGCACCUGCACCUGAUGUUUCAGUGGAUCAGGCAGACACUCAGUCUGAAGCUCUUAAUGCAUCUAAUGUUGUUUUACCUUCGACAGCUCAGGAAGAAGUAAAAGAUGACUCUAAAGAAAUAGUGGAUGGUGAUGACAAAACCAUCAAUCCAGAAACAGCGUUACCGUGCUUGAAGGAGCAACCAGUGCCUCUUACAACAGAUGCUGAUUGUGGGGGGAAUGGAGCUGAUUCAAGCACAGCUCUUCCUCUCUUGCCAGAGGAAGUAGCACCUGCACUGCCCCCAGAACCAGAACAUUCUCCCGUGGAGUUAGCAAAGCCUCAGAAGCCAGCAGCAACAGCGGCUAAUUCCAAUAGUCGCCGGUCCCGCAGUGCCAAGAAAUCUAAGGAAGUGGGUGAGACUGUAAAUGUAGAAAGGAAGGUGCUUCGAAGCAGUGCUGGUCGUGCAGCGGCAGCCGCAGCAGCUAGAGCAGCAGCCGCUGCUGCGGCUGCUGCUGCCAUUGCAGAAAGUAGUGGUGAACAUGACACAGUAGAGGUUGGUGCAGCAGAGGAGAAAGCUGUAGAAGGAUGUGGUGGAAGCACUGGUGGACCUAGUGAAUCUGAGGAAACGUAGCAUUGGCAGUAUUCUGUCCCUGUGUAAUUUAAUACUUCACAUUACAUCAGUACUCUUGGUUGUAUUGUUGUCUUUUUUUAAUUUUAAUGUUAUUGACUGUGCAUUCUGUGAUAGCCUUUUCCAACCAUAACGUGUAGUGUAUGUACUGUGUUAGUUGAGCACAUGAUUUUCAAAUUGGAGGGUGGGGGAAUGUUAAGAAGAAAAUUGUUUUCCCCCCGCUCAUCGUACAUAACUGCCAUAAAUAGUAUGUCAGAAAUGUGAGGAAACCUGUGUUCAUGUGUGAAUGAAGUUUUAUAUUCACAUGUGAAUAUUAUUAUUUUGCUUUCUUGUCCUUUAUUUUCUUUUGUUCACUGUCAUGUCUGUAUUAUUCACACACACACACACACACACACACACACACACACACACACACUUGCACAUGUUCAUAUAUAAACAUCCAUCUAUUAAAAAAGUAUAAAUAUAAUAUAUAUAUAUUUAUCUUGCUGUAUUGUAAUUCUGUCAGGCACAGUGUGAGAGAAAUGUGUUGGUGAAUGAUUGCCUGUAAUCUCAAAUAUAAAGAGUUACUUGUGGUUUUUAGCAUAAUAUAUGCUAUUGCGUUUGUGGAAAUGAGAAAAAUAUGUUGAGUUUUGUAUUACCUGAACUAAAAUUUUAGAAUGUGCUGGCAAUCAUUUAUCAGUAUUAUUGCUUUCAGACAGUGCACUGUUCUUAUAUAUUAUGUUACAUUAUACAGAAUUCCGCAAACACGUCACUAUGUAUAUAUUCAACAUCUGUGUAAAAUGAGAAUGUGCUCGAAUCACAAAAGAAAAAAAAUUAAAAAAAAAUGAAUGCGAACGGUUGUAAAGGGUAUGUUCGAAUGGCUGAUGUUUUAUUUAACUGUAACAAUAAUUGUAGCAAAGGAAAUACAUACUGUUGUUACUUAGUAUUAGUUAGUAAUUUAUAAACUGAGUAAAUUUCCCCCAGAAAACUCAAAGAUACGUCGUAACCUGUGCACUAUUUAUUUUUUAAAUUAAUCUGGAUUGCAUUUAAUAUUAUGAGCUUUGCUCAUUUGUACCGUGUAAAGUCUGUGAGACAAACAAAGACUAUGAGUAUUAGCACAUCACAGAAGUUGGAAUUGCAUGAAGUCAGAUUGCUAAGUUUAAAAAAUAUAUAUAUAUUGCAAUGGCAGCUCAUUUCGUUCAUAUGACUGUUGUGUUUAAUUUAAUGAAAUUUAUCGCAUGCUGUAGUUGCUGAAUUAUGUUCCUUGUUUUCAUUUGGUCUUGAUACAUGGUUAUGAAGGAAUUUGUAAGCAGUGAUCAGAGACAAAGCUUCAGCUGUAACCUGGUGUCAAAUAUAUAAGAAGAGAGGUAAGUGUUACAAUAAAUAAAUAAAUAAACUCUUU